GAUCUCUCGCCAGUAUCUUUAUUAACUUUUCGGAGUCCGGUUGCUGAAAUUCGAAUACGGAAAUUCUAGUAAGAAAAGCAGAGACACACCAUCAUAAUGACUAGUCUGAAACAAUCGACUGUACAAGACGGUUCACCGCAAGUGCCCCGGCAUGGCAUGGUCACCUAUGGCAGCGGGCUCGUCUUCGGCGGAAAUGUGUAUCCGGUACUGGUGGACGGGGUGCCCAUGCAGACGCCCCCGGGAGCUCAUCAGGCUGCACUGCAGCAGCGCAUGCAGAUGCAGCAGGUGGCGCCACAGCCACAACGCAUCCACAUGCACAUGCAGCAGGUAGUGCCACAGGCGCCACAUGCCCAUUGCGCCAAGCCCAUUGUUCAGUACCCAACAUAUCAGCGAACGGGCGGCCACCGGUAUCCUGCGCCCUCAUACAUCGCCAAGCCGAGCCAGCAGAGCUCGGUGGGAUUUCCUGGCCACGCGAUGCUCCAGCAGCACUCGACUUCCAGCAGCCCCGCGAUGAUGCAACCGCUGCAGGCGCAGAUGCUACAGCCCCAGCAAAUGCAAACCUCCAUGGGCAGUCCUUGCGGCACUCGCGGCUACUACAAUUUGCCAAUGAAUGCGGGUGGUGAUUCCUGUGACUGGGACGGCUAUUCCAUGAUGCAGCCCAUGGAUGCCAACAAGCCGUAUUCCUUCGGCUGGAGUCUUACCGAUUGAGUGCCUCUGUAUCCUCUGUAACAGUGUUUGGACCAUAACUGAAAUUAUAUGUGGAUUGAUUUAUUCGAA